ACAUAUUUGUUUAUAAUGUGGUAAAUUGACAUUUUUAAAGGGUUAAAAUAACCCUGAAAAUAUUAACCCGUUUAUUCCACCACAGACUAAUCUCCAGUGAUCGAUUGUUCGGUUGCAGUUAUUGGUGCUAAAGGUGGCACAACCAGAUUUUAAGUUGAAGGCGGGCAAAUCGUUUUUCACAUUGGUGAUAGGUUUAAAAACUGUAUUGUGUGUUUACUCAGGUUGCCUUUGUUUUAUGUUGUAGACUCCUAGUAGGACGACUGAACUACUACGGGUGAGAUUUUGUCGGUAUGUCGUAUUAUACGAAUGCAUAAGAUAAUUAUUUCAUUAAAUGAUGAACUGAAAAUCAACUAAAUCACAUUUUCAUAUGAUAAAAGUUGUAGCAGAGGGGAGGGGGAGACGCAGAACGGAGAUUCUAUAGAAUGGCGUUUCCAUGGAGAGGUGGUUGUGACGUCACUGGAAACAGAACGCAAAUUCUUUUCUACAAGAUUAAUAAGAAGGCAGAGAGGCUCAUUGUUUCAUUGAACUCGACAUUGACGAGGUGUUUCAGACCUGUUAAGGAGUAAGACAUAAUGUUUACUUUUUUGUAAAUGCAAGCGUUUUACAAGCUUCGCAGCUUCUGGAGCUGAAGCCAAUGUAGCUGGAGCUAACGAUGUCCAAAAGUGUGAAGUUGAGGAGCCGAGUAGGAAAGCCUUUGAAGGCACAGCUGUCCACAAAGGACGAGACCUCCAAUCUGAAGGACCAAGUAAAAAUACUGCAAGGCUCUUUGGAGAAGUUGGAGGGACAAGUCCACAAGACUCGCCGCAUGUUUAAAAAGAAAUUGAAGUCCUUUAUGGCUGAAGAUAAGAAGAUAGUUAAGAUUGUUGUAGCGUCCACCGCUCAGCAGGAGUAUGAAAACUCCAUCAUGAAGACUCAAUUAAAAACACUGCAAGGGUCAGUGGAGAAGUUGGAGGGACUCCAUAAGACUGACCACAUAGAAGAAAAGAAAUUGAAGGAGCAGGAGCAAAAGUUGCAGAAAUCCCUAAUCCUUUGUUACGACUACAAAGAGACUAGGGAUACUCUGGAGCAGGAGAACUCCGACCUGAAGGACGAAGUGAAAACACUGCAAGCGUCAGUGGAGACGUUGGAGGGACAACUCCAUGAGACCCACCUCAUGCAUGAAAGGAAAUUGAAGUCUUCUCUGGCUGAAUCUGAGGAGAGAAUUAAGAUUGCUCUGGAGUCCAACGCUCAGCUGGAGCGCAAGAACUCCAUCCUGAUGGAGCAGCUAAAAACACUGCAGGGCCCAGAGGAGAAGUUGGAGAGACGACUCUGUGAGACUCAUGAGACACGUGUCAAGUUAUUGAAGGAUACUCUGGAGCAAGACAACUCCGACCUGAAGGACGAAGUGAAAACACUGCACUGCUCACUGGACAGGUUGGAGGAAGAACUCCGUGACACUAACCGCAUGCUUGAAAAGAAAUUGAAGGAGCUCCAGAAAUCCCAAGUCCUUUGGUACCAAUCCGAAGAGACUAAGGAUACUCCGGAGCAGGAGAACUCCGACCUGAAGGACGAAGUGAAAACACCGCAAGCGUCAGUAGAGACGGUGGAGGGACAAGUCCAUGAGAGCCAAAGGUUUAAUGAAGAGAUACUGAACGAGCGGGAUCCAGAGCAGCAGAAAUACAUUACCCUUCUGUCCAAGUAUGAAGCCAUUAAGAGUGAAGCUCAGGAGAAUACUCUGAAUGCCAUUGCUGAGAUAGAGAAUAAGAAGUUCGCCCUGAUGAAACAACUGGGAAUUCUGCGGUACUCACUAGAGGACUGUGCUACGUUGCUUUAAAUCACACAGGACGCCCAAAGAAGUGGAAAAAAUCGCCAACCAAAAUUCCUGCACAUCGUUUAUCAUGAUGAACAUAAAAAAUAAGAAAUGAAACCUGAAUGAAAUAAAAAGAUGACUGUAUGAAACAUUUCGAAA